CCCCGCCUCUCUCUGCCCGGUCAGUUCCGCGGUGGCAGAACAUGGCGGCUAUUGACAGCCGGAGCUUCGAGUUAGGAACAAGAUUAUAGGAUUUUUACUGAAUGGUUUAUUGUGUUCGGAUUGGGUGUUGACAGAUAAUUAUAUUACGUUUAGUUAGUCUGAGAUUCCGACGCAUUAAAAGCCACUCUUUGUGUCGGAGAGCUGGAUUAUCAGCUUCCAUACGAGGGCAGCCGUGUCCGCUUGAGACUUGGAUGAGUUCUGUGUGACGAUGGAAGCGGUCUGACCUGGACUGAGUUGGACAUGGAGAAGUUCGGGAUGAGCUUUGGCGGCGGUCCCAGCAGGAAGGAGCUGCUGGACACCGUCGAGUCUCAGAAAAAGCAGCUGGUCCAGUACCAGACCCGCUUUAAGGAUGUAGUCCGGGCCUACAAGAGUCUUCUGAAGGAGAAGGAGGCCCUGGAAGCCAGUCUGAAGGUCCUGACCGUGACUCAGGAUCUGGACCUUAAGCAGCAGGAGCCGCCUACUGCCAGGCGCUUGGACCUGCUGGAUGACGGUUGCUCUCUGCACAGCGAGGACAGCGUGGACACAGCAGCGUCUGUGGAUGCAGCCAGCGAGACCACGAGGGGGGAGCAAAGCGAGGAGGAGCAGGGAGACCCGGGUCAGAGGUCUACGCUUGACGCUGACAGCAGCGGCAUGGAGGCGGAGCAACAGCAAACAUCAACCCCCUCCGGCGUGGAGGCGGACCGCCGCAUCGCCCAGCUGAAGAGCCAACUGGGCACGCUCACUGCGUCCCUGACCACCGUGACGCAGGAGAAGUCUCGGAUGGAGGCGAGCUUCCAGGCCGACAAGCGUCAGCUGAAGCAGGAAGUGCAGGAGCUGCAGGAGCGUCUGGCCGCCGUGACGUCGGAGCAGGAGGCGGAGCUGCACGCUCUGCAGCAGCAGGUCGCAGAGGGCCGCGCGCGCAUCAUCACGCAGCAGCACGAAAGGGAGCAGGAGCAGGGAGACCACGCCCAGCAGCUGAGGGAGCUGCAGAGACUCCUGCAGCAGGAGCGAGACCUGCGGCAGGACGCCGAGCUGCGUCUGCACGACGCCAGCACCGCCCUCCUGGCCUCCUCGCAGGCUGUGGACCGGGGGGUGGAGUCGGAGGCACACCUUAACCAGGUGAGGGAGGAGAGAGACGAGCUGCGGAGGAGGCUGCAGGCUGCCGAGGAGGAGCAGAAGAAACCAGAUCCCAGAGUGGAGGAGCUGCAGCGGGAACUCCAAGAGCUGAAGAACUCGUUCCAGCAGCAGAUCCACAACGAGACCAAGAAGGUUUGCGAGGCAGAGGAGCGUGCACGUGAGCGCGCGCAGUCUGCAGAGCUUCGGGUGGCGGGUUUGGAGCAGCACGUCUCGGAGCUGUCGGAGCUGCUGGGAUCCUGCGAGAAGGCGAAGCAGCGGGACCAGCAGGCGGCUCAGAGGCUGAGAGACCGGAUCCUGCAGCUGGACACGGAGAACAAGACGCUGGCCAUCGCCGCCUCCAGCAGGUCGAGCACAGACCUCAGUCUGGACGAGUCGCAGCUGGACGUGGCUGUUCUGAAGGAUAAACUGCAGACGGUGAAGAAGCUGCUGGUGCUGGCGGCUCAGAGGAACCCAGAUCAGAACAUCCAGGAUCUGGCCAACACGCAGGAGGACGUGGAGGAGCCGGGGUCGGACAGAACCGCAGCGCAGGUUUACCAGCAGGAGCUGCAGCAGCUGAGGGACGAGUUUGAGCGCUACAAGCUGCGUGCCCAGGUGGUGCUGAAGAACAAGAACGCCAAAGACGGCUGCCAGGCCAAGGAGCUGGAGGAGGUCCGGGACCAACUGUCGGAGCUCCGGGAGAAGUACAUCACGCUGCGCAUCCAGGGUGACGAGGCAGAGGCGCGGCACUGCCAGCAGCUGGAGGAGCGGCAGCAGCAGGCGGCGGCGUUGCAGCACUCUCACAGACAGGAGCUGGAGCGAACGGAGGCGCAGCACCGCGACGAGCUGCAGCGGCUGGAGGCGGAGCUCCACAAGCACCGGGAGAGGACAAUGGCGCUGCUGGACGAGAAGGACCAGGAGCUGGAGAGGCUGCGAAGCGCCGUGCUCAGCUGCAGCCGCGACACCAGCGAGGCGGCGAUGGCCGACGGCCUGCAGGAGGUCGGCCCCGACUGCGAAGGCGACGCGGUCAGCCAGGCCCUGCGGCAGGCCGCGCCCACCGAGUCCACGCUGCUGCUGUACGCCGAGCAGCUGGCACGCAAAGAGGUGGAGGUGGGCGGCCUCCGGCGGCAGAAAAACCGACUGGAGGAGGACCUGCACCAGCUGCAGGCCAGGCUCAUCGCCAACGCCGAGCGGCACGAGGAGGAGACGGCGGAGCUGCGGGGGCAGCUCGACAAGCUCGUCCGGGACCAGAGCCGAGAGGGGGCCAACCUGGAGUACCUGAAGAACGUCAUCUACAAGUUCCUGACGCUGCAGGACGCCAGCGGGCGGCUGCAGACACUCAACGCCAUCCUGACCAUCCUGCAUUUCAGCCCACAGGAGAAACACGACGUCACGAGGCUGCAGGGCCCCGCCUGGUGGGCCCCCGCACGGAGGUGAAGACCCCAAGGAGGGACAGGAUGGAGACAAACGGACCGGGUUUCACUGAAUGAUUCCAUACCUGCGACCGUGACUGAAUCACUGUGACAAGAGUUAAAGAUCUAAUCCAGCGAAUCUAAAUAUUUUGGCUUCUCUUUGAGAAAUAAACUAUUUUUUGUGUGUCAGA